AUGUGUACAUGGGAGGAAAUCCAUUGUUUGCAGGACAAGAUCAUUGUUGUCAUUACACAGACUUUGUUUUUGCCGAAAGUCCAGUAUAUUAUCCUCGUCAUGGCUGAAGAUACAGAAGGUGGAAGGAAAUUGAGAGCAAAAGAAAGAAAACUGUACAUAGAUCAAGAGAUAGAUGAAGACGACAUCUAUGGUAGACGAACAUACAGUCUAGAAGAUAAACUGACUAAUGAUAGGUUCAAUGCUAGUAUGGUUGAGGAGCUGAAAGGAUCUGAAUUCACGAUGGAGUGGAUGCAGAGGCACGGCUUGAUCAGGCCUAUAGUGUUUUAUGAGAAAACAGGACUGGGUUUAAGAGUGCCCAGUGAAAACUUCAAAGUCAGCGAUGUCAAACAGUGUGUUGGAAGCCGGCGUAUUUUAGAUGUAAUGGAUGUAAGCACACAAAAGGCCAUGGAAAUGUCCAUGAAGGAUUGGGUGAGGUACUACGAAAGCCCAGAGAGAGAUAGGCUGUUGAAUGUUAUCAGCUUGGAGUUUUCACACACUCGUUUAGAGAACUAUGUUGACUCCCCAACUUUGGUUCGUCAACUUGAUUGGGUGGAUAGAGCCUGGCCCAGACAUCUGAAAGAGCGUCAGACAGAAUCCACCAAUGUUAUUGAGAAGAUGAAGUACCCUAAAGUGCAGAAGUAUUGUCUGAUGAGUGUCGCCGGCUGCUACACAGAUUUUCACAUAGAUUUUGGAGGGACUUCAGUAUGGUACCACAUAUUGCACGGAGAGAAGAUAUUCUGGCUGGCACCUCCCUCACAGAAAAACAUCGACAGAUACAUCGAAUGGACUCUGUCAGCCAAACAGGGGGACAUGUUUUUGGGGGAUGCUUUAGAGCUGUGCCAGAGAGUGACUCUCCACGCAGGGUAUACAUUCAUUAUUCCUUCAGGCUGGAUCCAUGCUGUGUACACCCCGAAGGAUUCUUUAGUGUUUGGUGGCAACUUUCUUCACAGCUUCAACAUUGACAACCAGCUGCUGGUCUCUCGCGUGGAGGACAAAACUUACGUUCCUUCAAAGUUUCGGUACCCAUUCUUCUCCGAGAUCAUGUGGUAUGUUGUAGAUCGCUACAUCAGCUGCCUCACUGGCCGCACCUUCCUGGCUGCCUACGACAAAGAUGAAAACGACGAGGAGGAUCACAGCUUUCUUCAUGUGGAUGAGGAUUUUACUAUAUCUUCACCACUACCAACAUCACACGGGGAUGAAAAAGUGGAGGUAAAGAUCAAGUUGGAAGAUGAAGACAGCAGAAAGCUGUCAAAAAACACAACAGUUGAACUUAAUCGGAUAGAUGCAGCUAAAAACAGCUCUCCCAACGAAGAUGACACUCAACCCACACAUCCAAGAAUACCCCAGAGAAGCUUGUCUGAUGCCAGCAGCAGCAGUACUAGGGAGAGCAAAAGGCCUCCCAAGAAGUGGAAUCAUCUCACUCUCUGUGAACUGCAAGGGCUGAAACAUCUUGUGGAGUACCUCAGUGAACUGCUGACUUUGCCGGUCAACAAGAGAGGAGUGCCCAAAGAUCUAUUGGAUCCAGAGGGUGUCCUCAGGGAAAUCAAGCAAGUUCUUGAAGAUCAUAAAAAUGAUGACCAGGAUCUAGCAGUCACCGGAGAACCCGUGAUUGGUUGGCCAGAAUCGACAAAGAAGAAGACCCAGAAACUGAAGCUUGGCUAUAAAACCAGUAAAGUGCUCAAGGGAUCAGUCUCCUCCUCGUCUGUUCGGAAACGGAGAACCAGAUGUAAGAAGUGUGAAGCCUGCACUAGAACCGAAUGUGGAGAGUGUACCUUCUGCAGGGAUAUGAAGAAGUUUGGAGGUCCUGGACGGAUGAAGCAGACGUGUUUCAGUCGACAGUGUAUGGCUCCAACACUACCCAGCACAUCGGUAUGUAUGAUUUGCAAUCAAGAGGGACAAUCCAACGAGGAUAAUCCAGAUGAUAUUUCUUUGUCCUUGAUGGAAUGUGGAAUCUGUUGGGAAAUUGUGCAUCCAUCUUGCCUGCAGAAAAAGUACGAGAAUCUGGACAAUGAAGGCGUCAUCAGCGAGGACCUGCCCAACAGCUGGGAGUGCUCCAGGUGUUGUAACGAAGGCAAACAAGGUCAGCUGAAGCCAAGGGUCAAACCAGGCAGCUCUGUGAAACGAACAAAAGCUGACACCCAGCCCAGCCAACCAGCCGACAUCAGCGAUGUGAACCUGGAUGAGAAGCCAGCAUCUCGUAUCAGCCCAGUUGAGGGCAAAAGGGUGGUUUCCAAGGAAGGCAGAUCGGCCAAACUUAGAGGCUCUGCCGUCAGAAGCACUGGAUGGCCUUUACCACCAAAGAAAUUCAAAGUGCUAUCUGACAUAGACGUUAAAGUAGAGGAUGAUGUGCCUGUAUCUAAGAUGGCAGCAGACGGACAAUCAUUAUCUUCAUCAGUGACAUCAUCGUCAUCAUCGCUGACUUUUGGUGGAUAUGAGAGGAAGAUGGGAGAUAAUUCCGGUCUUGAGUAUCUGAAUGCAGACAGUCAGAGGACUGAGAAGGUAUUGUCUUCACACUCACCGUCACCCCAGCAGCAAGACGGUCAUUCAUCACACCAACCUGGCACACGGCUGGCAGCAUUCCUAGGCAGCAGGCAUGGACUCACUCGUUCACGAUCACACAGUCACAAGUCGAGCAAACGCCCAAAGAGGGAUGUGUUUACUCCACAGCGAUACCGAGAUUAG